CCGAGCUGCAAAAACAGCACGAGGACAUGAAGGCCCACGAGAUGAUCGUGGCCUUGCGGCAGCUAUACCAGGGGCAAUCCAGGCAUGAACGUUUUCUCGUGAGUAAGGCUCUCUUUAGUUGCAAGCUCUCUUCAGGGAACCCGGUCGGUCCGCACGUUCUCAAAAUGAUUGGUUACAUAACCAAUCUGGAGAAACUCAGGUUCUCCUUGCAGAAGGAGUUGGCAACGGACCUGAUCCUGCAGUCGCUCCCUGAGCUGUAUAAGGGUUUUGUCAUGAACUACAUGAUGCAUGAUCUUGACAAACCCCUUCCGGAGCUUCUUAAAAUGCUCCAGACUGCAGAGGAGAACCUUACUAAGGGCAAGGGUUCUUCCGUCCUUAUGGUCCAAGGCAGAAAGGGGAAGCCGAAGAAGGGGAUUAAGAUUAAGGCUAGGACGGUCGGAAAGCCUAAAUCGAAGUCCACUUCAUCUGCAACCCAGAAACCCAUAGAAGGAGUUGCAAAGGGCAAAUGUCAUCAUUGUGGUAAGGCAGGCCACUGGAGAAGAAACUGCAAGACAUACCUCGCAGCCAAGAAGAAGGAAGGUACGACCAUUUCUUCUGAGGUGUAUGUUAUAGAAGUUAACAUGUCUAUAUCUUCAUCAUGGGUACUAGAUACUGGAUGUGGGUCUCAUAUCUGUACUACCAUGCAGGGACUGAAGCAGAGUAGACGAUUAGCUCGAGGCGAGAUUGAACUCCGAGUCGGCAAUGGUGCACCUGUUGCAGCUUUGGCAAUCGGAGCUUAUAGUUUAGUCUUGCCUAGUGGUCUAAUGUUGGAAUUAAACGAUUGCUUGUACGUUCCUGCAAUUAGCAGAAACAUUAUUUCUGUUUCAUGUCUUGAUAAGAAUGGUUUCAUCAUUUCUAUUAAAGACAAGUCCCUUUCCGUUUACAGAAAAAAUGUUUUCUAUGCUAAUGCCAACAUGACCAAUGGGUUAUAUGUCCUUGACUUGGACAUGCCUGUCUAUAACAUAUCAGCCAAGAGGAACAAACCGAACGGUUUGAACCAAACAUACCUAUGGCAUUGUAG